ACGUAACCCUCUAAAUGCGAAGAACACCAUUUAAAGACCUACGACAUCUUCGACUUUCCUAGGCCCCUGGAGAGCCGUCUAGCCGCCACCAUGAGCUACGGCAAGAAAGAUGAAGAUGCCGACCUUGGCUUGGUCAAAGUCGAUCGCACCCAAGUGUUUCAAGAAGCUCGAUUGUUCAACAGUUCACCAAUUCAACCGCGACGAUGCCGUAUACUUCUCACAAAGAUAGCUCUUCUCCUCUACACGGGAGAGAAGUUCCCGACCAAUGAAGCCACAACCCUCUUCUUCGGCAUCUCGAAGCUCUUCCAGAACAAGGAUGCCAGCUUGCGCCAAAUGGUCCACCUUGUUAUCAAAGAGCUUGCCAAUUCGGCAGAGGAUAUUAUCAUGGUUACGAGUACAAUUAUGAAGGACACAGGAGGCAGCACAGACGUGAUUUACCGACCAAACGCGAUAAGAGCUCUUUGCCGCAUCAUUGAUGCAACCACGGUGCAAUCAAUUGAACGAGUCAUGAAGACAGCAAUUGUUGACAAGAAUCCCUCCGUCUCGUCCGCAGCUCUCGUCUCUUCCUACCAUCUCCUCCCGAUUGCAAAAGAUGUUGUUCGACGGUGGCAGUCUGAGACCCAGGAGGCUGCUGCUUCGACUAAGUCCUCCGGGGGCUUCUCCCUUGGAUUUUCUUCGUCUUCUAGCUCCCUCCCCGUAAACAACUCGACGAUGACACAGUAUCAUGCUAUUGGCUUGCUGUACCAAAUGAGAUCGCAUGACCGAAUGGCCCUGGUUAAGAUGGUCCAACAGUUCGGUGCUGCCGGCGCUGUCAAGAGUCCUGCCGCUAUCGUUAUGCUAGUGAGGUUAGCUGCCCAAUUGGCUGAAGAGGAUCAGUCGUUAAGAAAGCCCAUGAUGCAACUACUUGAUGGGUGGCUAAGACACAAGAGCGAGAUGGUCAACUUCGAAGCUGCUAAGGCAAUCUGCGACAUGAGAGACGUGACGGAUGCUGAGGUCACGCAAGCGGUGCAUGUACUGCAGCUGUUUUUGUCUUCCCCGAGGGCGGUUACCAAAUUCGCUGCUCUGCGUAUUCUUCACAACUUUGCCUCCUUUAAGCCUCAAGCUGUCAAUGUCUGCAACCCGGAUAUCGAGGCGCUUAUCUCAAAUAGCAACCGAUCAAUUGCCACGUUCGCUAUCACUACGCUUCUCAAGACUGGCAACGAAGCCAGCGUUGAUAGACUGAUGAAACAAAUUUCUACUUUCAUGUCGGAAAUCACAGACGAGUUCAAGAUCACUAUAGUCGAAGCUAUCCGCACACUGUGUCUCAAGUUCCCCAGCAAGCAAGCUGGGAUGUUGGCCUUCCUUAGUGGAAUUCUCCGUGAUGAAGGCGGUUAUGAAUUCAAGCGGGCCGUCAUCGAAAGCAUGUUUGAUCUCAUCAAGUUCGUCCCUGACUCAAAGGAGGAUGCCCUUGCUCACCUUUGCGAGUUUAUCGAAGAUUGCGAAUUCACGAAGCUGGCUGUCCGCAUUCUCCACCUGCUUGGUCUUGAGGGUCCCAAGACGUCUCAACCGACCAAGUACAUCCGCUAUAUCUACAACAGAGUCGUUCUUGAGAACGCCCUUGUCCGGGCUGCUGCUGUCACUGCGUUGGCCAAAUUCGGUGUAGGACAGAAGGACCCAGAAGUGAAGCGAAGUGUCGAUGUCCUCCUUACAAGGUGUUUGGAUGACGUUGAUGAUGAAGUUCGUGACCGUGCUGCACUCAAUCUCAGAUUAAUGCACGAGGAAGACGCUCUGGGCGAGCGUUUCAUUAAAAAUGAUAAUAUGUAUUCACUGUCCUACUUUGAGCACCAACUUGUCACAUAUGUAACAUCGGAUGAUAAGUCGGCAUUUGAUGUUCCGUUUGACAUCAGCAAAAUCCCCGUGGUCACAAGAGAGCAAGCAGAUGCAGAAGACCGGACAAAGAAGCUUACAGCAACAACACCAUCGCUCAAGCCACCGAAAACUGGACCAUCCAAGACUGCAGCUACUGGCGCAGAGGCGCAAGCCUCAGCUGCUGCUGCUGCCCAGAAAUAUGCUCAGGAGCUCAUGUCGAUAUCUCACAUGAAGGAGUUUGGUGGUCUUCUCAAGUCAUCACCUGUGGUUGAGCUUACCGAAGCCGAAACGGAGUACGUGGUAGCCGUGGUCAAGCACAUAUUCAAGGAGCACAUUGUGCUACAGUAUGAGAUUAAGAACACGUUACCUGCAACUGUCUUGGAAGACGUUUCGGUCGUCGCAACACCAUCAGAUGAGGAGGAGCUUGAGGAAGUUUUCAUUCUACCUGCAGAAAAGCUCGAGACAGACCAACCCGGCAAAGUCUAUGUGGCAUUCAAGAAGACGGGCGGGGAAGGAUCUAUGCCCACCAGUUCCUUCUCCAACAUACUCAAGUUCACAAGCAAGGAGAUUGACCCUACGACGAAUGAACCCGAAGAGACUGGGUAUGAUGACGAGUAUGAGGUGGCAGAAUUCGACCUAUCCGGUAGUGAUUACGUAAUACCCACUUUCGCAGGUAACUUUAAUCACAUCUGGGAGCAAGUUGGGGCGGCGGGUGAAGAGGCAGAGGAGACAUUACAGUUAUCAAGCAUGAAGAGUAUUGCAGAUGCCACAGAACAACUAACCAAGGCGCUUUCAUUACAACCGUUAGAGGGCACAGACGUACCAAUCAGCCAGACAACACACCAGCUCAAGUUGUUAGGCAAGACAGUCAACGGCGGCAGAGUGGUGGCGAACAUCAGGAUGGCGUAUUCGUCGAAAUCGGGUGUGACGACCAAGAUCACGGUCCGCAGCGAGGAAGAAAACGUUGCAGCUAUGAUAGUAGCGUCAGUUGCGUAAUGACGGGUUCUAAAUUGGGGG